UAGCUUUGCCAAAGGCUUAGAAGCUAAGCAGAAAAUGAGCUUAACAUCCUGGUUUUUGGUGAGCAGUGGAGGCACUCGCCAUAGGCUGCCACGAGAAAUGAUUUUUGUUGGAAGAGAUGACUGUGAGCUCAUGUUGCAGUCUCGUAGUGUGGAUAAGCAACAUGCUGUUAUCAAUUAUGAUGCCUCUACAGAUGAACAUUUGGUAAAAGAUUUGGGCAGCCUAAAUGGGACUUUUGUGAAUGAUGUAAGGAUUCCAGAACAGACUUAUAUCACCUUGAAACUUGAAGAUAAGCUGAGAUUCGGAUAUGAUACAAAUCUUUUCACUGUAGUCCGAGGAGAAAUGAGGGUUCCUGAAGAAGCUCUUAAGCAUGAGAAGUUUACCAUUCAGCUUCAGUUGUCCCAAAAAUCUUCAGAAUCAGAAUUAUCAAAAUCUGCAAGUGCCAAAAGCAUAGAUUCAAAGGUAGCAGAUGCUGCUACAGAGGUGCAGCACAAAGCAACAGAAGCUCUGAAAUCUGAGGAAAAAGCCAUGGGGUGCAGCAUAGAUGCCAAGCAAGUUGAUGAACAAUCUGCAGCUGCAAAUGAAGAAGUACUUUUUCCUUUCUGUAGGGAACCAAGUUAUUUUGAAAUCCCUACAAAAGAAUUUCAGCCACCAUCACAAAUAACAGAGAGCACUAUUCAUGAAAUCCCAACAAAAGACACACCAAGUUCCCAUACAGCAGGUGCAGGGCAUGCUUCAUUUACCAUUGAAUUUGAUGACAGUACCCCAGGGAAGGUAACUAUUAGAGACCAUGUGACAAAAUUUACUUCUGAUCAGCGCCACAAAUCAAAGAAGUCUUCUCCUGGAACUCAAGACUUGCCGGGGAUUCAAACAGGAAUGAUGGCACCAGAAAACAAAGUCGCUGACUGGCUAGCACAGAACAACCCUCCACAAAUGGUAUGGGAAAGAACAGAAGAGGAUUGCAAAAGUAUUAAAAGUGAUGUUCCAGUGUACUUGAAAAGGUUAAAAGGAAAUAAACAUGAUGAUGGGACACAGAGCGAUUCGGAGAACGCUGGGGCUCACAGGCGCUGUAGCAAACGUGCAACUCUUGAGGAGCACUUGAGGCGCCACCAUUCAGAACAGAAAAAGCUACAGAAGGCCCAGGCUACUGAAAAGCAUCAAGACCAAGCUGUUACUAGCUCUGCGCAUCACAGAGGGGGGCAUGGUGUUCUACAUGGGAAAUUGUUAAAACAGAAAUCAGAGGAGCCAUCGAUGUCAAUACCCUUCCUACAAACAGCAUUAUUAAGAAGUUCAGGGAGUCUUGGGCACAGACCAAGCCAGGAGAUGGAUAAAAUGUUAAAAAAUCAAACUACUUCUACUUCUGAAAAGGAUAAUGAUGAUGAUCAAAGUGACAAGGGUACUUAUACCAUUGAGUUAGAGAAUCCCAACAGUGAGGAAGUGGAAGCAAGAAAAAUGAUUGACAAGGUGUUUGGAGUAGAUAACAAUCAGGAUUAUAAUAGGCCUAUUAUCAAUGAAAAACAUAAAGAUCUAAUAAAAGAUUGGGCUGUCAGUUCUGCUGCAGUAGUAAUGGAAGAAAGAAAACCACUGAGUACACCUGGAUUUCACAGCUCAGAGGAAGGCACAUCUUCAUCUGGAACCAAACGUUGGGUUUCACAAUGGGCUAGUUUGGCUGCUAAUCAUACAAAGCAUGAUCAUGAAGAAAGGAAAGUGGAAUUGUCGGUACCUGUUCCUUUAGAGAAUGAUGCAAACAUCGGUGAACCUGGUAUUUCAGGGAGAAGUACUAGCUCUGCAACUUCCUUGGGUAGUCAAGGAGAGAGAAGGAGACGAACCCUUCCCCAGCUUCCAAACGAAGAAAAGUCUCUUGAGAGCUCCAGAGCAAAGGUUAUAACACAGAGGUCAGAGAUAGGAGAAAAACAGGAUACAGAACUUCAGGAAAAAGAAACACCUACACAGGUAUACCAGAAAGAUAAACAAGAUGCUGACAGAGCCCUUAAUAAAAUGAACAGGGCAGUAAAUGGUGAGACUGUUAAAACUGGUGGAGAUAAUAAAACCCUGCUUCACUUGGGCAGCCCUUCUCCUGGAAAGGAGAAAAAUGAAGCUGAUAAGGAAACUUCGCUGGUAAAGCAAACAUUAGCUAAAAUUCACCAGCAGCAAGAGCAAAAGGAGCAGGCACAAUGGACAUCUACUAAAUUGUCUUCAAAAACUGUUUCAGGUCAGGGAGAUAAAUGUAGGGAGGAAUCCUUUAAACAAGAAUCACAGCCUCAAGAAAAAAUCCCAGGACAUUCUACAAACAAAGGAGAAAGGGUGAUACAAAACGAAAGCAAGAGAAGAAAAGCUGAGGAAAUUCUGAAAAGUCAGACUUCAAGGGGAGUAGACAAGAAGGAACCCUCCAAGUCAUUAGUGCGACAGGGGAGCUUCACUAUAGAAAAACCUAGCCCAAACAUACCCAUAGAACUUAUUCCCCAUAUAAAUAAACAGACUUCAUCUACUCCCCCUUCUUUAGUGUUAACAUCUGCUAGUAGAAUAAGAGAAAGAAGUGACUCUUUGGAUACUGAUUCUAGUAUGGACACAACCCUUAUUCUAAAAGACACUGAAGCAGUAAUGGCUUUUCUAGAAGCUAAACUGCGUGAAGAUAAUAAAACUGAUGAAGGUCCAGAUACUCCCAGUUAUAAUAGAGACAAUUCUAUUUCACCAGAAUCUGAUGUGGACACAGCUAGUACAAUCAGUCUAGUUACUGGAGAGACUGAAAGAAAGUCAACCCAAAAGCGAAAGAGUUUCACUAGCCUCUAUAAAGAUAGGUGUUCCACAGGGUCUCCUUCCAAAGAUGUUACAAAAUCAUCUUCUUCCGGUGCUAGGGAGAAAAUUGAGAAGAAAACAAAAAGUCGUUCCACAGAUGCAGGUUCAAGAGCAGAUGGUCGUAAAUUUGUACAGUCCAGUGGAAGAAUAAGACAGCCUUCAGUAGAUUUAACAGAUGAUGACCAAACCUCUAGUGUACCUCAUUCUGCCAUCUCUGAUGUUAUGUCGUCUGAUCAGGAAACUUACUCUUGUAAAUCUCAUGGAAGGACUCCACUUACCUCAACUGAUGAGCAUGUACAUUCCAAACUGGAAGGAAGUAAAGUAACUAAAUCUAAGACUUCUCUAAUAGCAUCUGGUUCGUCCAGUAAAUCAACCACUCUUCCAAGGCCACGACCUACCAGGACUUCCCUCUUGCGCAGAGCGCGACUUGGUGAAGCUUCAGACAGUGAACUUGCUGAUGCUGACAAAGCGUCUGUUGCUUCCGAAGUAUCCACAACAAGUUCCACAUCAAAACCUCCCACAGGAAGGCGUAACAUCUCUAGAAUUGAUUUAUUGGCUCAGCCUCGUAGGACAAGGCUUGGCUCAUUGUCAGCUCGUAGUGACUCUGAAGCAACAAUAUCUAGAAGUAGUGCCUCUUCACGUACUGCAGAAGCCAUCAUUAGAAGUGGAGCAAGACUAGUACCAUCAGAUAAAUUUUCUCCUAGAAUUAGAGCUAACAGUAUCUCUCGACUAUCAGACUCCAAGGUCAAAGGUAUGACCUCAACUCAUUGCUCUCCUUCAGUAAAUUCAAGAUGGAGGCGCUUUCCUACUGAUUAUGCUUCCACCUCAGAAGAUGAAUUUGGAUCAAACCGUAAUUCCCCUAAACAUACCCGUCUACGUACUUCUCCAGCCCUGAAAACCACUCGCUUGCAGAGUGCCGGAUCAGCCAUGCCUACUAGUUCUUCGUUCAAGCACCGGAUUAAAGAACAGGAAGACUACAUCCGAGAUUGGACUGCUCAUCGAGAAGAGAUAGCCAGGAUCAGCCAAGAUCUUGCUCUUAUUGCUCGGGAGAUCAACGAUGUAGCAGGAGAGAUAGAUUCAGUGACUUCAUCAGGCACUGCCCCUAGUACCACAGUAAGCACUGCUGCCACCACCCCUGGCUCUGCCAUAGACACUAGAGAAGAGUUGGUUGAUCGUGUUUUUGAUGAAAGUCUCAACUUCCGAAAGAUCCCUCCAUUAGUUCAUUCUAAAACACCAGAAGGAAACAAUGGUCGGUCUGGUGAUCCAAGACCUCAACCAACAGAACCUCCUGAUCACUUAACAAUUACAAGGCGGAGAACCUGGAGCAGGGAUGAAGUCAUGGGAGAUAAUCUGCUGCUAUCAUCUGUCUUUCAGUUCUCUAAGAAGAUAAGACAAUCUAUAGAUAAAACAGCCGGAAAGAUCAGAAUAUUAUUUAAAGACAAAGAUCGGAAUUGGGACGAAAUAGAAAGCAAGUUAAGAGCUGAAAGUGAAGUCCCUAUUGUGAAAACCUCAAGCAUGGAGAUUUCUUCUAUUUUACAGGAGCUGAAAAGAGUUGAAAAGCAGCUACAAGCAAUCAAUGCUAUGAUUGAUCCAGAUGGAACUUUGGAGGCUCUAAACAACAUGGGAUUUCCCAGUGCUAUGUUGCCAUCUCCACCCAAACAGAAGUCCAGUCCUGUGAAUAACCACAGCAGCCCGGGUCAGACACCGACACUCGGCCAACCAGAAGCUAGGGUUCUUCAUCCUGCUGUUAUCUCGGUCUCAGCUGAAUUUGAGAAUGCCGAAUCUGAGGCUGAUUUCAGUAUCCAUUUCAAUAGGUUCAACCCUGAUGGGGAAGAGGAAGAUGUUACAGUACAUGAAUGACUUUCUCUUGAUUGUUAAAAAAUAAUUACCUGUGGAAUGACUAGGAAUAUUAGAAGCAGCAUAGUGUUGACUUAUCCAAAACAAGACAGCUUGGUCAACUACAAUCUUGUUAUCCCUGUCUUCUUAAUUUUAUUUAUUUAUUUUCCUACCUAUAAUGAAGUGUCAUAUCAGUUAUUUCAGACCAUUUAGAUAACCACUUGAAGCACACAUAGGAAAAAGCAGAUUGUGGCAGUUUCACCUUUUGUGGUUUUAUGAUUUUCAAAUUGAAUUAUAUCACUGUAUCUUUUCCCUUCAUAGAUCUUUGUUUUUUUUUUAAGCCAUGCUGUGACCUACAAGCAAACUAAAUACCCAACAUUUCUGAAUCCCCAUGUCUCCUGUGCCAAGCUGCUCCCUGAAAUGGACUUCUUCAUCUGUACAGAUUUGUUAAACCAUUCUAUUUGCUUCUUAAUAAUAGGAUUUAUAUUAGUAUUCGUUACCAUUGGUUACGAUGACAUAUUACUCUCCACAGUAAAGCAGACCUUUCAAAACAGUUAUUCUGUGUCCUAAAAUUUUCCAGCAUAGAUGUGAUUUAUAUAACUUUGUUGGUACACAAAUUGUCUUGGGGUUUAUGGAGAUUAAUUAUUAUGUUUGCACUAAGAUUUGCUGGGAGUGGUAGGUGGACUUAUCUGUAUAUCAAUAAGGACUAACUGUCUUUUUUGUACAUAGGAGAUUGAUAAUACUGUAUUUGUUUUAACCCCACGGUGUUUUACUCCACUUUCAAAAAGAUCCAUUUGGCACUUUCUUUCAAAUUUUUUUUUAAGGAAAAUAAGAUUUUGUCUCUCAUUUUAGGUGAAACGAUAACUAGAAAGAUUAAACUAGACAGAUAGUUUAUGUGGAGUAUAUUUUUAAAACUAAGAACAUGUAUAUUGGUCCUGUGUUACCAAGUUUAUAUGUGACAGUUGAAAAAAAUUUCCCUUGAAAUGAUCAUGAGGUUAAAAUUUUCUUCAUUAGGAGAGUUGGAGAACCAGUAGUCAUAAGAUUAGUUGAUAGUUUCACUCCCAAGCAUUGAAUUGCUUUUGUAUGUUUCCCUGUAGGACUCAGUAGUAAACCCUGUCUCAGUCUGACACAUUUAUAAGGACCCUGAAAGAGGUUGACGACAAAGGCUUUAGUCCUAUGCUACUAAACAGGCAGCCUGUUAAAAAUAUCUUCUAUAAACUUGUUUUUUCUCUUUCCAGUAAGUUCACAUUUGGAUAAGUUUAAAAAGAAAAUAAUUAUCUUUGUGUUUCCAGAACACUAUAAUUUGGGUGAAUCUUAAUUCGGUUAAAUAUUAUUAGCAGACCUGGAUUUUCCCCUUGACCCCAUCAGUCUAUAAAGCUUAAACUGCAACUUUUGCAACUUUUCAGCAAUAAUCCUAUGCUACAUUUGUUUUAAGAAACAAGGUAAUUCGGUACACUUCAAAACU